AUGCCGCCGCAGUCUCCGUUCCCGUCCCUUCUUGGGUCGGGGGAAGAAGGGGAGGACGAUCGGGACAGAGGAGAGCUGCCGGACGAAGACAAAACGGGUUCUGAGAGUGGAGUGGAGGUGGUUGACGUUCCCUCCUCGGUGCAGCCGGAGCAGUCGGAGCUGCCGUUUCAGUGCUUGGACUGUGGAAAGACGUUCAGGUGGUCGUCCAGACUCACACAUCACCAGCGCAGCCACAACAACGAGCGUCCAUACCGCUGCAACCUCUGCCCUAAGGCCUUCAAAGGAUCGUCUGCUCUGCUCUAUCACCAAAGGUCCCAUUCUGGUGAGAAGCCAUACAAAUGUCAAGACUGUGGAAAAGCUUUCAAACGCUCUUCUCUGCUGCAGGUCCACCAGAGUGUCCAUACUGGAGUGCGGACCUUCCUGUGCCCUUACUGUCCUCUGACUUUCAAAUGGAGCUCUCACUAUCAGUAUCAUCUGCGGCAGCACACAGGCGAGUGCCCCUAUCCCUGCGACUCCUGCCCCAAGGCCUUCAAGAACUCCAGUAGUCUGCGGAGGCAUAAGAACGUCCACCUGGGUCUGAAGCCCUACACGUGCUCUGUGUGUAACAAGUCUUUUACACAGUCCACGAACCUGAGGCAGCACAUGAGGAUCCACACAGGCGAGCGGCCGUACGUCUGCGGCAAGUGUGGCCGCAGCUUUACACACUCAUCCAACCUCGCACUGCAUAAAAACUCUCAUACAAACUCAAGCACUGAAGCUAAGGACGCCAAGAGAGCAGACGUACAGAAGGGGAGCAGCGUAGUGGAAAUAGUGGUGGGAUCAGAGGAGGUGACAUCGUCCAUGCUGACGGACAUGGUUGGAUUUGUGAGCCAAGAAGGAACUGAAGGAGUUGCAGUGGGAAUGGAGGAGGUGUUUUUGUCCAGUGGUUCCACCAGCCAGAACUCCGGGCUGCUACCCCAGCUCACCCUUACUGCAUCAGGGGGGGAUGUUCGCUCGUCCAGGCCCAUCGGAACCGAGGUGCACCUGAGCACCGACACAGGGGCUAGUGUGCUGCUGUACAGCUGUGGCAGCUGCAGCCAAACCUUUGGCACCAGGACAGAGCUCGAGGAGCAUCAGUCCAUUCACAUGGCUCCAGAGUCUGCGUCCAUGGACACUGGUCCCACAGCCACAAUGGUGGUGGGUGAGGGGCUGGUGGGAGCUGGACACCUACUGGCAGACUUUGAAGAAGUGGUAGAGACAACCACUGUCUCAGAUAAUGGACAAACAGCAGAAGUGCUGCUGGGACUCACGGAGGCUACAGACAACAGUAGUAAUAAUGUGGGAGCCACCCAGGCCCAGUUUGACCUUCUGCAGAGCCUGACAGCGGUGACUCAGAGCUCGGAGACUGUGCAGCCGGAGCCCAGAACCACAUGGGCAGGGCUGUCAUGUGGCUAUUGCAACAAGAGCUUCAAAACCAGUGGAGGCCUCAACAGACAUGUCUCCUUGAUGCACGCGCUCUCAUCGCAGUCCCGCUGUCAGUUCAGCUGCUCCGCCUGUGACCGCUCCUUCCCCCUGCUCUCCUCCCUCCUCACCCACCAGCACUCCCAUACUCCUGAGCAGAGACUCUUGGCUGAAGCCGAGGCCGAAAUCGUAUGCCCUCCUUCUCUGUCCCUGUCUCUGCCCCUGCCCUCCUCCCCUGGGCAAACGGACAAACAGCAGGAGGAAGAGCGGGGCAUCUGUGUGGAUAUCAUCACGGUCGGUAAUGACCACUUAGAGCAGCAAAGUAAACCACUCAAAGCACUGAAGAAGGCCGGUGGCAGAAGCACAGUGGCUGGAGAAAGGCCAUACCGCUGCUCUGAGUGUGGAAAGGCCUUUAAAGGCUCCUCUGGUCUGAAGUACCACAUGAGAGAUCACACUGGAGAACGGCCCUACCGCUGCACUGAAUGUGGGAAGAGCUUCAAACGCUCCUCCCUCCUCUCCAUCCACCAAAGGGUUCACACCGGAGUGCGGGCGUUCCAGUGCCCUCAUUGCCCUCUCACAUUCAAGUGGAGCUCACACUAUCAGUACCACCUGAGACAGCACACGGGCGAGCGGCCGUACGUGUGUAAGGAGUGUGGAAAGUCCUUCAAAAACACCAGCUGUCUGCGCAGACACAGUCAGAUGCAUUCAGGGCUGAGGCCUCACGUCUGCCCCAUCUGCUCUAAGUCCUUCUCCCAAACCUCAAAUCUCAAACAGCACGAGCGGACCCACUCAGGCGAGCGGCCGUACCAGUGCACAACCUGCAACAAAAGCUUCACUCACUCUUCCAACCUCCAGCUGCACUUACGCACUCACUCCACACAGAAGGACUUCAAAUGCCCCUUCUGCUCCAAGGAGUUUGUCAUGCAAUCCUACCUGCAGCGCCACAUCCGCACCCACUCCAACACCCCCUCUGUCCCUGCGUCCUCUGGGGGGGCCAAGGAUGGAGUAGCAGUGAAGGCUAACGUCGGCGGAGUUACCACGACCACAACACUUCUAAACCCCAUUACACUGGAAACAUCCGCAAACAAUGGCAGUCUCAUCGUCUCACAACCAGCUUUGAACAUCCCUCUCAAUUCAUCACAAAAUUAUUUCAUGAUUCAAACAGUCAAUGGCCUCCAGCUUAUACCUCUUUCGACUCCAACGCCAACCCCUCCGCCUCCUCCGCCUCCCCCUCCGCAGAAUUACCUCCUUUUGCAGUGUCCCUCCAAUAACGGUGGCCAGUCGAACCUGAUUCUCGUUCCGACGGCGUCUCCCUCCGAACCUCAGCCCCUCUCGAUGCUGCAGACUAUUCAGACUCUCCAGCCGGGGCUAGGAUCUUUAGACAGACAAGAGGUGGUCUUUGAACUGGGAGGAGAUUCAAAGAUUGGACCUGAGCAAGAAGAAAGAAUGCAGAUGAUCGCUCUGAUUGAAAGAGAUGAGGUGGGAGAUGAUACAAGAGUCUAUGAUUCAACCAAACAUCCGGAACAAUGCAAAGAGAUGAAGGGCUUUGAUAAGAUUCUGGGGAGAGCAUUUAGGAUGAGCCCAAAAAUGCAAAGUUGUUAA